UGCAGCCCCGCGCCUCACCUAUAAACUGGGGUGUUUUCGAUCUGUAUUUAUUCAUUAGGAAUUCAUUAGGAAAACUUUGAUUAUUUAUUUUCACUGCUACAUCAAUGGGAUUCUUGAAGAGGAAACCAGAAGGAAAUCAUUGGGUAGAAGAACUCAGUGAUGCACAAAAGAAACAGAAAUCUCUAAUUGGCGAAGAUAUUUCGGCAGUAGCAGCUUGUAUUCACGAGGUAUCGUAUCCUAAAGGAUAUACGCCUCCUCUUCGUCGUUGUAAUAAUUCUAAUAGGAAACCAGCAAAGGAAUAUCCGUUUAGUCUUGAUUCAUUUCAAUCAGAAGCAAUUAAAUGCUUAGAUAAGGGAGAAUCAGUGAUGGUAUCAGCUCAUACUUCAGCUGGUAAAACUGUUGUAGCUCAGUAUGCAAUUGCUAUGUCUUUGAGAGAUAAACAACGUGUUAUUUAUACUGCUCCAAUUAAAGCUCUUAGUAAUCAGAAGUAUAGGGAAUUCAAAGAAGAAUUCUCUGAUGUUGGCCUAAUGACUGGAGAUGUAACUAUUGAACCUAAUGCUUCUUGCUUGGUUAUGACAACUGAAAUUUGGCGUAGCAUGCAAUAUAAGGGAUCAGAGAUUAUGAGGGAAGUGGCAUGGGUAAUAUUUGACGAAGUACAUUAUAUGCGAGAUAGAGAAAGAGGUGUUGUUUGGGAAGAGAGUAUUGUAAUGGCACCCAAGAAUUCCCGCUUUGUGUUUCUCUCUGCAACUGUGCCUAAUGCCAAGGAGUUUGCGGAUUGGGUUGCAAAGGUUCAUCGACAACCAUGCCAUGUUGUUUACACGGAUUAUCGUCCUACACCACUUCAGCAUUAUGUGUUUCCUUCUGGAGGGGAGGGUUUAUAUUUGGUUGUGGAUGAGAAGGGUAAAUUUCUGGAAGAUAGCUUCCAGAAAGCCUUAAAUGCAGUUCCUCUUGAUGGUGAAGGAGACAAUAAAAAUAAGAGAAUUGGGAAAUGGCAGAAAGGUUUAGUGGCAUGUAAAUCAGGCGAAAAGAGUGAUAUCUAUAAGUUGGUGAAGAUGAUAAUUAAGCGCCAGUAUGAUCCUGUUAUAGUUUUCAGUUUUAGCAAAAGGGAGUGUGAAUCUCUCGCUAUGAUGAUGGCUAAGAUGAACCUGAGUACCGAUGUUGAGCAAGAAAAUAUAGAAGAGAUUUUCUGGAAUGCAAUGGACUUACUGUCGGAUGAUGACAAAAAGCUUCCUCAGGUGUCAAAUUUGUUACCUUUGUUGAAGCGGGGAAUAGGUGUGCAUCAUUCUGGCUUGCUACCUAUUUUGAAAGAAGUAAUAGAGAUACUCUUUCAAGAAGGUCUGAUCAAGUGUUUGUUUGCAACAGAGACAUUCAGCAUAGGGCUAAACAUGCCUGCAAAAACUGUGGUAUUCACAAAUGUGCGUAAAUUUGACGGGGAUAAGUUCAGAUGGAUAUCCAGUGGAGAGUAUAUACAGAUGAGUGGUCGUGCUGGCCGUCGAGGAAUCGAUAAGCGCGGGAUAUGUAUUCUCAUGGUUGAUGAGAAGCUGGAACCAUCUACAGUAAAAAUGAUGGUGCGGGGAAGUGCAGACUGUUUGAACAGUGCCUUCCAUCUCAGUUACAAUAUGCUUUUGAAUCAAAUGCGGCGUGAAGAUGGCAAUCCUGAGCAUCUGCUUAAGAACUCAUUUUAUCAAUUUCAGUCUGACCAUGCCAUUCCAGAUCUUAUGAGCCUAGCGAAAAAACUUAAAGAAGAGAAAGAUUCAAUUAUGAUCGAUGAAGAAGAGACUUUGAUGAAUUACUACAAUCUUUUAGAGCAGCACCAUAAGUUGAAGAAGGAUAUUAAUGAUAUUGUUUUCUGUCCAAAAUACUGUUUACCCUUUUUAAAGUCUGGCAGACUGAUUAGUGUCCAAUGUACAAGAGGUGAUAAUAACUCAUCUUUCUCUCUUGAGGACCAAGUUACCUGGGGAGUGGUAAUCAAAUAUGAAAGGGUGAGAGCGAUUUCUGAAGAUGAUUCUAGGGGGAAGCCUGAGGAUGCAAAUUACAAAGUACAUGUUCUUACAAGAUGUGUUGUUAGCAAGGAUGGGAAAAAAACAAUAAAGAUCGUGCCCUUGGAAGAGCAGGGAGAGCCAGUUCUGGUUUCUGUGCCUCUAUCCCAGAUUGAUGCGCUUAGCGUUCGAUGUUUGGACGUACCAAAAGAUCUGUUGCCGUUGUCAGCUCGAGAACAUUUUUUUAAGAUGGCCUGUAAAUGUGUUUACGGAGAUACCAAAGGAUCUCUGCUCCUGGAUCCUGAGGAGGAUAUGAAGGUCCAGCAUAAAUAUUAUAAGAAGUUUGUUUCUCGGAUGGAGACGCUUGAGAGCCAAUUCAGCAAGCAUGAAGUUGCAAAGUCCCCGCUUAUUAAAGAAAAGUUAAAAGCCUUACGAUUGAAGAAAGAAUUGGAAGCAAAAAUCAUGCUAAUCAGGAAUAAUGUGAGUUCUUCUAAAGCACUGGCUUUUAAAGAUGAACUCAAGGCAAGGAUGCGAGUUCUUCGGAAUCUGAAGUAUGUCUCAAGAGCUGGUGUUGUGGAGUUGAAGGGGAAGGUUGCCUGUGAGAUCACCAGUGCUGAUGAGCUGACACUGACAGAGCUCAUGUUUAAGGGUGUGUUCAACAGAGUUACGGUCGAGGAGAUGAUUUCUUUGCUAUCGUGUUUUGUGUGGCAGGAAAAACUUCUGGAUGCCCAGAAACCCAGGGAAAGGCUUGACCUGCUGUUUACUGAGCUGCAAGAGACAGCAAAAAGUGUUGCCAACAUUCAGCUUAACUGCAAAGUCCCAAUUGACAUAGAAGGCUUUGUAAAUUCCUUCAGACCCGAUAUUAUGGAGGUUGUGUAUGCGUGGGCAAAAGGAUCUAAAUUCUGUGAAAUAAUGGAGAUCACUCAGGUUUUUGAGGGUAGUUUGAUCAGGGCAAUUAGGAGACUGGAGGAAGUUCUUCAGCAGCUAACAGAGGCAGCAAAGUCUCUAGGUGAUACCCAACUUGAAGCCAAGUUUCAAGAAGCUGUUAUUAAAAUCAAAAGGGAUAUCGUCUUUGCAGCGUCUCUGUAUUUGUAAAUUUCCUGAAAAAUGGCAUACUUGCCGAGGGACAGAAGGAAAUAUUUAUGCAGGCUGAAGUUUCAGUCAGACUUGAAGAUGCUUGUGAAUCUCCCCCAGAAAGGAACUGCAAUCGGGACUUGUUCUCUACACUGUCCUUAACUAUCUUGAGUUUUUAGCUUGCAACAUUUGUAUUUGUCAACUGUCUGUAAUGCCACUACAUCAAGGCUUGAAGGACGGCUCUUAUUAUUUAUUGGAGUACAAUAGAUUCGUUGGUGACGAUGUUUGUUUUUGUUUUGCUAACAAAGAUCAGUCUUGGUUUUCCGAAGCCAGUUGGAUUAUCUUGCGUCCCCA